AUUGUGUUUUGAACUCAACAAAAUUCGUUGCCUGGUGUUACCUGUACAGCGACUCGGUCUUUGCGUGCAACCUGCAAAAACUCUUUGCUGAGUUCUUCCGCGACGGCCUGAGCUGAACCCAAGUUAGGCACAAUGGCUGACCCACUGAACCGCAUUCAAAAGAUUGCCUCCCACCUGGACCCAGCGAAACCGCGGAAGUUCAAGGUGGCGCUGCUGGGUGCCGCGGGCGGCAUCGGGCAGCCGCUGUCGCUGCUGCUCAAGAUGAGCCCCUACGUGUCAGACCUGGCGCUGUACGACGUGGCAAACACACCCGGUGUGGCCGCCGACGUGAGCCACAUGUCCACCGCCGCCCGGGUGCGCGGCUACCUGGGGCCGGACCAGUUGGGGGCGGCGCUGACCGGCGCGGCACUGGUCAUCAUACCCGCGGGUGUCCCCCGCAAGCCCGGCAUGACGCGCGACGACCUGUUCAACAUCAACGCCGGCAUCGUGCGGGGCCUGGCGCAGGGCAUUGCGCAGCACUGCCCCGCCGCCUGGGUGGCCAUCAUCUCCAACCCCGUCAACAGCACGGUGCCCAUCGCGGCCGAGGUGCUGCAGAAGGCCGGCGUGUUCAACCCCGCCAAGCUGUUUGGUGUGACCACGCUGGACGUGGUGCGGGCCGAGGCAUUCAUCGGGGAGCUGACCGGCACGGACCCCCGGGACGUGCACGUGCCAGUGGUGGGCGGGCACGCGGGCGUCACCAUCCUGCCGCUGCUGUCACAGGCCCGGCCGCCGCUGCCGGCCUCCAUGAGCGCUGAGGCGCGCAAGGCGCUGAUGGUGCGCAUCCAGGACGCUGGCACAGAGGUGGUGCAGGCCAAGGCCGGCGCCGGCUCCGCCACCCUGUCCAUGGCCUACGCCGCGGCGCGGUUCGCCGACUCGUGCCUGCGGGCCAUGUCGGGCGAGGGCCCCGUGAGCGAGUACGCCUACAUCCGCCACCCGCCCCGCCUGAGCUCCGGCUCCGGAUCCAGCGUGGCGGUUGACCUGCCGUACUUCAGCUCGCCGGUGCGGCUGGGGCGGCUGGGAGUGGAGGAGGUGCUGCCGCUGGGGCCGAUGGAUGCGCUGGAGGCCGACAACUUCGCGGCCAUGAAGGCCGAGCUGCUGGGCUCCAUCAAGAAGGGAGUGGAGUUCGCGGCCAAGGGGCCCGCGCCCGCCAAGUAGAGGAGCCUGGAGCCGGGGGGCAGAGAGGCAGGCAGACUGGCAGAGCGGGACACUGGGGCCGCGCCCGCGCCCGCCAGUCAGGCACACACGUUUGUCACGUUUGGGGGUUACGUGGUGUUGCGUGGUUUUGUCAAAGUGGUGACUGGGGCCUGUGCUACGGGAAGGAGCACAGGGAGGGGGGGGCGUGCGGUGCUGGGCUGACAAGACUCCGUACAUGUGUGUACGGUAGCAAGACUUGAGUACCGUUUGACACGUCCGGACCUUUGGUGACAGCCUGUGCGUGUGGGGGGUGUGUGAUGGGACAGUGGCAAGGCAGGUUGGCAAAGUCCCUUAGGGCGCAGCUAAUUCCCAUACCCAACAAAUGGCAAACAGUUGGCAGAGGCAGGGCAAGAGUGCGCGGCUGGGCUAACGCCGGAGUUCGUGUGGGGGGUGUUGGCAGGCGCGCGUGGAUGUGAGGCGGCAACUGAGGCCGAGAGGCGCAACUGCAUGGUGGUGAAUAACAGGCACAGGUGCACGGGAGUGCAUGCACUGUCUGCGGCUGCAAAUAAGCUUCUUGCAGAAGUCUUUUGUCGUCAUUAGUCUUCUGUUCAUACAAGAGGCGUGUCCAUCGGGGAUAGAGCAACUGCAAUGGCCAUUGUCGUCCGUGGGUGGUGUCAUGGAGUAAAGGGCUGAAGGGCCGCCAUCCCGCCGGCCCGCAUGGGGCAGUAGCAUUUUUUCAAGUGACUGACAAUAUCUU